UAAGAGGAGGAAAGAGAUAAAAUCAAUAUUAAUGAAUAAAUUUGUGAUAUUUGAGGUGAGACUUUGCUACUGUACGACGUGUCUUGUCUGAGUUCGCGAACUUUAAAUGAUAUAAUUGACCAAUUUCACCGCUUUCUGUUUAAAAACUGCAAUAUAAUAAUUCUGAUGUUUUUAUCAUGUAUUCGAAUUUUCAUAUCUAGAUGAUCUCAGCAAUGUGCUGUUAACAGACGAUGCGCGAUAAUCUGGGACACCCUGUAUGUACAAACAUCUGCGUAUGCGCGUGUGCAUUGAAUGCACGCGCAUGUGUGUGCCUAUACAUAUAUAUAUAUAUAUAUGUUCGCAAUAAAAAAGAGGAGUACUUUUUAUCAUGUGCCAUUUGUUUGAGAACUCAAAUACGUAAAUCAAAUAAGAUUGCGGUAAAGGACUCACGCGAAGUCGCGAUAAUUGGGUUUUCAAAGAAAACUUCGGGUAUCUUCGGUGCUCACCGCCGCGCUCCGUGCCGUUCUCGUUCGUACUCGUCUUGCCUGAAAUCGGUGCGAGUCUAGUCGUCGUCGCGCGCUCGUUUCGUUUGCUUCAUCAUUACGUUUUAAUUUAGUGCCUCGGCUCCACGCAAAUUUCACACUCAUACAGCAAUUAAAAUCUCUACUGUGCGUGUUUAUCCGAUUGUUCGGUAACUUGGAAAAAUAUGUGCAUACAAUUUAGAUUAUAUUGUUUAGUUGGGUUGCUGCUGCUGUUAUCCAGUGGUUUUGGCAUGGCGAUUACCUCCGAGGAGAAUUUGUCUAGUUUUGAAACUGUUCACACAAGCAACGCAGCAAUCUUAAAUCGACUGGGAUUGGCGCCUCUUCAAAUACCCGAUGGACAUCACAAGAAGCGGUUGGCUGGGCCCGAACCACCAAGGUUCAGCUUGCAAACACGUCACCAUCAGCCUUACAGCCGUCGUCACGGACAUCGCGACAGCCACGUUUACAUUGUGAAGCUUCCGGCCAGUCCUCCGUACUAUACUAUUACGAAGCCCCACAAAUCCGUUAACGAUGAUAAAGUAACCAAGACUGGUCCGAAUUUCCCAGUUGGAUUCCAAGGGAACGGUAAGCCUGCCAAAAUAUACCACUGGAACUUACCGGUCGUGAAAAAGCUAACAGAAAAGAAACGCCUGCAGUUGAAUCAACUGAAAAUCGAUCAAACUAGAAAAAAAUUGGAGGAUAUGAAGAUGCAACAGCAGACGUCCUCUAUAAGGACCAUGCUGAAUAAACUUUACCCUCUCGAUGUCCAACAAGCCAACAAGAAUUAUGAGCACGCUACUAAUGACAAACUUCAACCUCGUCAAAAGACACCAGCGACGAAACAUGUCAGAAAUAACGAUAAGAUACUUAAUUAUUCUGACAAUGACAAUGUUAAGUUUGAGCUGACGAAGAAAAGCGGCAACGAUGUUACUGACAAGACAUAUAGACUGGACGAUCUGAGCAUGCACAGGAUCCGCCUAACUAACGAACUUCACGGCUCAAGAAACGCUGCGCCGAAGAUAAAGAAGCAUCGAAAGAAAGCUGCCAUGUCGUAUUAUGCGCCAAUUGCUACUAAGAUAGGUUCCAACAGCAUUCAUAAGAACUUCUCUGGAAAUGGCAAACCCAAGGCUUUCUAUAUUAUGGAGAAAAGCCGCAAGCCAGUAUAUUAUCAUCCUCUCCUGCCUUAAUUCGACUAUUCAUUUAAUUACACGCAAUUUUAAAUGGCCCGCGAACCUGUUAACUUAAGCGGAUACCUAGCAUUCUGUUUAUACAGAAAUAAAUAACGUCCUAGAAAUGGACAAUGAUAGAAUAGAGAAGAGAAAAAAGGAAGAGAAAGAAACGAAGCUUUUUAUCACACAUGAUUAUUUUUAUUCGAGCCUAUGUGCACACUACAAACUAUUUCAGUUUUGUUAUAAAUAUAUAGAUUAUUGUAUCACGUUGCUUAAGAGAUGUAUUGAGCAUUGAGUCAGUUAAAAAGUUUCGAUUCGAUUUUUGCGUCAAAUUUUAUUUCAUUAAAUCUAGUAGGAACAAAUCAUUCAUCAAAAUGAAGUAAUCAUCAUCGUCUAUGAUGCAGACAUUCAACAUUGUCGUCCGUAUUACAUGUAAAUUGAUUUGCAAAAUUGAACCGAACAUUUUAACUGACUCAAUAAAUGUUACAAAUACAAAUGUAAAUCUUGUCGUAAUUUUUGAUGAUGAUAACUACUUUUGUUCAUGUAUAUGUUCGAUUUUAUGAUAUCAUAUUUUAUUCAUUCCAUGAAGAAAUCACAGAUGGGCCAUUUGUAUUUGCAUUAUUGAAUAAGCGAAUUUAUAUGAAUUUUUAUGAAGAAACUACGAAGAAACAAGUGAAUAAGGAAUUCCGAAAACACAUGUUUCCACGAAAGUAUUGUAUUUAAAUUAUCAUUUUCCAUUACAUUUUAUAAACUAUUAGUUAUUAAAAUAUGAUAGUAUUGUACUUCGAUUAAUCUAUAAUUAAAUGCUUUGUAUGUAACGUGUGUGAAAAGCUAGUAUAUUUAAAAACUCGUAAAUAUCAAACAAAUCAUAUAUACGUAACGAUAAAUCAUGUUACGUAUGAAGUAAUUUCUUUAUCCACUUGCUUUUUUAUUUAAAUAAGAUUUAAAUAAUGAAUAACAAAUGAAGAAAUACGUGGAGAUCCUAUAUAUCUCUACUUUGUUAAACCAGCAUUAUAUAUAUUUUUAUGAUGCUGAUCUAUAAUGCUACAAUGAUAUACAAUAUGAAAGCUAAUACCUCCCUCCAGAGUUCUAAAUUAGAAGUUCCUUAAAGUUUUUAUUACUUUUUUAAUCUAUUUUUUAAUCUUUGAAAUUUAUGUAUAAAAUGUCACAUCCAAUCGGAUUCUUUCGGAAUCUCUGAGACGUUUUCAAUGCGGAAUUAUUAAUUCUAUAUUCUCCCUGCUGCUAUAUAAGCAACUAUAUAAAAUAUAUGAUAUAUUUUUAUAACGAAAAUAUACUACUUUUACGCAUUUGUCAUAUGAUGAGUACAUGUACUGUGCAUGAUUGGUUUGUGGUGUUAAAUACAUUAAAUUUUCAAUGACACGCACGCAGCAUGCGACACACACACACACACACAAUGUAAUACGAUUCCGCAUAAUCAUGGGCGGAGUCUUUUAAUGAAGACUGAACAAUAUAUGUUUUUUAUAUGAAUUUUUCUAUGUGCAUCAAUAUCACGAUUUUUGUCGACACAUUUUUUUUAUAUUUAUAUGUAUAUUAUAAGUCAUAAUAAAACAGCGCUCUAAACUGUAA